UGGGACACUGUCAUCAAGGCUGCCAUGAGGAAGUACCCAAACCCAAUGAAUCCCUGUGUUGUGGGAGUGGAUGUCUUGGAGCGGACUGUGGAUGGCUACGGCCGGCUUCAUAGCCACCGCCUGCUCAGUACUGAGUGGGGGCUGCCUACUCUUGUGAAAGCGGUUUUGGGAACCAGUAGGACUUUGACAUACAUCAGAGAACAUUCUGUUGUGGAUCCAGUGGAAAAGAAAAUGGAACUUUGUUCCAGCAAUAUCACACUCACAAAUUUGGUUUCGGUUGAUGAAAGAUUGGUGUACAUGCCUCAUCCGGAGAACCCUGAAAUGACUGUACUCACCCAAGAGGCCAUCAUCACAGUGAAGGGCAUUAGCCUGCGCAGCUAUUUAGAAAGUUUAAUGGCCAAUACAAUAUCAUCCAAUGCGAAGAAGGGGUGGGCUGCAAUUGAGUGGAUAAUUCAAAAUUCUGAAGGCGCUGUAAGCUAA